AUGCGCCACACUCCGUACGUUCUGUUGCUGCUGCUGCUUCUCUGCUGUUUUACCGGUUGUUUCGCCGCCACUGAGCAUAUCUGCAUAUUUGACCGCAUUUCUCGCAAGGCUGGUCCCCCGCUGAGGGCAAUUGUGCGUGAAUUGCCGGACCGGGAGCGUGGCGGGACGCAGGUGUUGACUGCCUCUGUGUCUGACUGGGCGCCCAUCCGUUUUAAGGUCUUCUCGGAGGACAUGAACAAUCCUUCCAAGUACUGCACCGCUGCGGGAGACUUCCGCUCGGACCUUCUGGCAAGAACACUUUUUUGCCGGCAGCAGGAUUUUUUUACGGCCGAAAAAAAGUCCAUCAUCUUGAAUCGGAUGCUUCCCGAAGCCAUGCAGCUGCACAUCGAUCGUCUCCACGUUAAACCAGAGAUGCGCCCAGUGGUUGUUCCGUUUUUUUCGUCUGGAACACCAUGCGGUAAGUUUGAGAUACCCAGCUCUCACCACACGGCGGGUGUGUACGGCGCGGACAUGGUUUUGUACGCUGCUGCUGCCCCGAUUGAAGGCACUACUUUGGCAUGGGCAGUGAGGUGCUUUGAAUUGCCCGAUGGGCGUCCUGUGGUUGGGGUGAUAAACAUUGGCCCGCAUUCAGUCACCGAUUCGGAGUUCAGUGUUCGUGUUGCGGCGCAUGAGAUUGCGCACGCGAUUGGUUUUGGUACGAAUGUUUUUGAGGAAAAAGAAAUGAUAAAGACGAUACCUGAGGUUCGUGGAAAGAAGAAUGUGGUUGUUGUGUCUUCACCCAAGACGCUGGAAAAGACUCGUGCGCACUUCAAGUGCACAAGUGCCCCUGGAAUGGAGCUGGAGGAUGAGGGUGGGGGUGGAAUGGUGUUGUCGCAUUGGAAGAGACGCAACGCGAAGGAUGAGCUGAUGGCUGCCAUUAACGGUGCCGGCUACUACACGGCGCUGACGAUGGCUGCUUUUGAGGACAUGGGCUUUUUCAGGGCGCAGUGGAGCAUGGCGGAACAGAUGUCAUGGGGCAGCAACUCCGGCUGCGAACUGCUGACGGAGAAGUGCCUGACUAAUGGCGUCACCCGGUACCCGGAAAUGUUUUGCAGCUCUCCAAGGAAUCUUAUGAAAUGCGCAUCGGAUCGUCUUGCCCUGGGGAGGUGUAAGACUACCACCUUUCCAAACCCCCUUCCCGCAACGUUUCAGUACUUCACGAAUCCCAGACGCGGUGGGUUGUUGGGCGACCUAAUGGACUACUGUCCCUACAUUCGCCCGUUUAGAAACACGCAUUGCGUCUAUGGUGACGCAGACGUUAUGCGUGGAAGCCGCAUUGGCCCAAGGUCAAGGUGCUUCAAAGUGGAUGGGCUGCGUGAUUCUUUUGGUUUCACUGGGGACGUGUGCGCCGAGGUGUCGUGCGACAACGAUACGGUGAGUGUGCGGUACCUUGGGGAUGACGUCUGGCAUGCAUGCCCAGAGGGCAAACGUAUCACACCAAGUGGGCGGUUCAGGGGCGGGAAGAUUGUGUGCCCGAGGCGUAUCGAAGUGUGUCCGCAACUGCAAAAGAAUGGAGGUGACAGAGAAGAUGCCAAUAAGGGCACAGACGGUGGCGCCAAAACCGAUCCGAAUUUGGACGUAACUCACCUGCACAGUGUUUUGUUUCCUCUUGUUUCCACUGCUUUCUUUUUUGUGGUUGCUGUUGGGGCAGUUUGGUAA